GUAGCAUCUCUAUUCUUUUUCCUUCCCAUCCCACCUACCGCGGUAUCAUUCCUUGCUUCUUUUGCCUUUUUUCCCUCUCUCUCCCAUUUUCCUUGGUUUCUUCGCGCUCUCUGGGCGUGUGGCUCUUUUAACCUCCGACAGAUCUGCUAAAUCUACAACAAAACAAUGGAUUUCUUCUCCAGAGAUAUAAAUGAGGAUUCCAUUAUUAGAUGUCCAUUCCUGAGGAACAUCAAUGAGCCUACUAACUUCUCAUUCUCUUCAUCAUUGGCUUUUCCAAUGCCUGUUCGGGGGACUAAAGGUCCAAUUUUUGAAGAUGGUCCCAAUUUUGAUCUGGCAUUUAGGCUUUUCCACGGUAGUGAUGGUGUGGUUCCCUUAUCUGAAAGUUCUUUUCAGCUUUCAGAGAAAGGACAGCCCAAGCCUCCUACAUCCCAGUUCAAUCCCUUAGCAGCAAAGGCAGCAACUAUCAGUCUAUCAUCUUUUGGAUUGGGAUGGCCUUUUAGUUUUGAUUCAUUUUCUGAGAAGUGGAACAAUCAGAAAAGAAAAUCCAAAUCUUCAAAAAAAGAACCUUCUUCACGGGAUAGCUCAAAGCAUGAGGCAAUGAGCGAUGAGUGGCUGCAAACGGGUAACUGCCCUAUUGCAAAGUCAUACCGAGCUGUUAGCAAUGUCCUUCCACUUGUUGCAAAGGUUCUUCAGCCCCCUGCUGGCAUGAAAUUCAAGUGCCCACCCGCAGUAGUUGCAGCCCGGGCAGCUCUGGCACGGACUGCACUUGCAAAGAACCUUCGGCCUCAGUCACUACCCACAAAAGUUCUCGUGAUUGGGAUGUUGGGAAUGGCAGCUAAUGUUCCCCUGGGAAUUUGGAGAGAACACACCAAGAAAUUUUCACCAUCAUGGUUUGCUGCUGUCCAUGCAGCUGUUCCAUUCAUAGCGAUGCUAAGGAAGUCCAUUCUGAUGCCUAAAUCAGCCAUGGCUUUUACCAUUGCUGCAUCAGUUUUAGGUCAAGUAAUUGGAUCUCGGGCCGAGCGGUACAGGCUAAAGGCUUUGACUGCAAAAAAAUUGGCUCUAACAGAAACUUCUGAUAUUUCUGCGGGCACAGAAGCCACUGAUAUCUCUAUGAGUACAGAAACCUCCGUCGGCUCAGCUCAGUUACAAGUGAUUAAACCGAAAGAGAGACAUUGCAGUGAUACUGCGAACUGGAAUGCAGCUACUCUUCAGCUGGCCGGACCUUCAUCAACAGAUGUGUUUUGCUGAUGAUUAGUUUGCUAUCUGUGCAAUCGCUUCUGUUUGCAGAGUGUGUUUUGAAUUAUUAUCUUUGUAUUGAUCCAUUUUCACCUUGUUUGCCUCUAGGUAAAUGAGAAAAUAAAAACAUACGUUUUCCCAUUGAGGCUGUAUCCUUUCCUUCUAUUAUUAAAUACUCUAUUUCAAAAACGCUUCAAUUGUUCAACAGAAAUAAAUUAGUGCCAUAUAAAGAUUGCAAUGUUUGGCUUAA